AUGGCUACUAGGACAAGAACACGUACAAAGACCAGGCGGCUGGAAGAAGAAGACGAAGAAAGCGGAAAAUUACACCACGAACACCACCAGCAACAACAGCAACAACAGCAACAACAGCAACAACAGCAACAACAGCAACAACAGUUUCAACAACAAAAGCAGAAACAUAAGUUGAAUACAUAUAAAUCAUCACCAUCGACAUCAAGCACAACCAUUGAUCAGGAACAAGAAGAGGAGUUUGACCUGAUGGUAGAUGUGGCUCCCGUAAAAUCCAAAGACGACGAAUACCACGAGUCGUUUCUUGCCACUAUUGAGAGAAACCAAAUACCAAUCUCGAGAAACUUGAUGAUCCUCCUUUAUUCGCUACAUUUUCUUAGCUCAAACCCCAAGAUUGUCUCAUACACCCAUAAAUUCAUACACUUGCAGAACCAAGUUGGUACCAAUCCAGCGGGGAAAGCCAUUUACGAUAUCGAUAUUGACGACGCCUAUUUCGUCAUCAACUGGGUCAUAACGGUAACAUUUCUUCGUUCUGCGUUGAUGAAGUAUUGUUUUGAACCUUUUGCUGCAAAAUUUUGCGAUAUCCACUCGAGAAAAGCCAAGACCAAAUUUGCCGAACAGAGCUGGUCUUUUGUCUAUUGGGGCGUGUCAUUUAUUUACGGAGUGUACUUGUAUUUGGAUGCACCAUACUUUAAUGAUUUAGACCAAAUAUACAUCAAUUGGCCAAACUUUUAUAUGCAAGGCAAUUUCAAAAGCUAUUAUUUGAUUUCAAUGGCAUUUUGGAUCCAGCAAAUCUUUGUUCUACACGUUGAAAAGCCAAGAAAAGACCACUACCAGAUGUUUAGCCAUCACAUCAUCACAUGUCUCUUGAUUAUUGGCUCAUAUUACUAUUAUUUUUUUAGAAUUGGACAUUUGAUCUUGAUGAUUAUGGAUUCUGUGGAUAUAUUUUUAGCAGGCGCAAAGAUGUUGAAGUAUGCUGGCUUCAACAGAGCCUGCGACGCAAUGUUUAUUUUGUUUUUAUUGAGUUGGAUUGGUUUGAGACACGGUGUAUACAAUUUUAUAUUCCACCACGCAUGGUCAAAGUCAGUACAUUUAAUGAGCGACGGACAAUGUGUUGUUGGUGAAGCUCAAAAAAGAUGCUGGACACCAACUAUUAUCAAUGUAUUUAUGGGUUUACUUGGAGGAUUGCAGAUCAUCACAUGCAUUUGGAUGUAUUUGAUAUUAAAAGUUGCUUACAAGGUUAUUAUUGGUGUAGGGGCAGAGGAUGUGCGAAGCGAUGAAGAUGACACCGAUGUUGAAUUGGAAGAGAAUCAUGAAGCAGAUGACGAGAAAGAAGUACAAAUGGGUAAAAAUAUAGAAUUAAAAGUUGAAUCAUCAUGGGCACUGACUGACAAACACAAUGUUGAACAGCAAAAUGAUUUUAUCAAAGAUACUUACAAUUCAACUGCCACUAAAGCAGCAGCACCAGUACCAGUACCGGAAACUAGGGAAAGGUGA